CGCUGUGCUCUGCUCUUGUUGCUGCCUUUUUUUCUGUAAGAAACGUGGCUUUUUCACCCAAGUUGUGCUGAUGUGACCGAGAUCCCCGUUUACUGCGGAUGUCCCUUACCAAUUCUUCCAGCGUCUUCCUACUUAACGAGGGUUCAGCCGAUUCCUACACUAGUCGACCCUCGGAUUCCGACCUGUCCCUGGAGGAGGACCAGGAGGCGUCUCGGCGUGAAGCCGAGCGCCAGGCUCAGCUGCAGCUGGAGAGAGCCAAGGCCAAACCAGUAGCAUUUGCAGUGAAAACCAAUGUGAGUUACUGCGGAGCCCUUGAUGAAGACUGUCCGGUCCAAGGGGCUGCUAUUAACUUUGAAACCAAAGACUUCCUGCACAUAAAAGAGAAAUACAACAAUGAUUGGUGGAUUGGUCGGCUGGUGAAGGAAGGGGCAGACAUCACCUUCAUCCCCAGCCCGGUGAAACUAGAAGCCAUGAGGAUAAAGCAGGAGCAGAAAGCAGCAGCGAGGAAAGGAGGGAACGCUUCAUCUGGAGGCUGGAGGUCAACCCCGCCGUCUGCAGCCAAACAGAAGCAGAAGCAGACUGAACAUGUUCCUCCAUAUGAUGUGGUCCCUUCUAUGCGGCCUGUGGUGCUGGUUGGUCCUUCGCUGAAAGGCUAUGAGGUAACAGACAUGAUGCAGAAAGCCUUGUUUGACUUCCUAAAGCACAGAUUUGAUGGCAGGAUCUCUAUUACACGGGUGACUGCUGAUCUGUCGCUGGCGAAGCGCUCGGUGCUGAACAAGAAGGCCAUAAUGGAGAGAUCCAACACACGCUCCAGUCUAGCUGAGGUGCAGAGUGAGAUAGAGAGGAUCUUCGAGCUGGCCAAGUCUCUUCAGCUGGUCGUCCUGGAUGCUGACACUAUCAAUCACCCCGCACAACUCCUCAAAACCUCUCUCGCUCCCAUCAUCGUCUAUGUCAAAGUCUCCUCCCCUAAAGUCCUUCAGAGGCUGAUCAAAUCUCGAGGGAAGUCACAAAGCAAACACCUCAACGUCCAGAUGAUGGCAGGAGACAAGCUCGCACAGUGUCCACCUGAGAUGUUUGAUGUCAUCCUGGAUGAGAAUCAGCUGGAGGAUGCAUGUGAACACCUGGCAGAGUACCUGGACAUUUACUGGCGUGCUACGCAUCUCCCCAGUGCUGCCCCUGUUAACCCUUUACUGGACCAAAGUGUGGUCACCCCCCCCUCAGCUAACUCCAGCCAACAGUUUUCUGAGACUCAAGAGUUGAUAGAAUGAUCACUACCACAGAUAUAGGAAGCCUGUGCUGUCGGCUGGGGUCAGACUAGAAGGUCAUAGAGCACAGGGACCGGGCGCCACCAGGGGGCAGCAGCAGCCCUCAUCUCUCCAAAACAAGCCAUCACCUUCUCUGGUCACACCUGGAGAGAAGAAGAGACCAAGAGGAGAGUCCCUCCGGAGAGAAAGAGCAGGAGGCUGGUGAGCUGCAGGAAGAGGAGACACAACAAGAUGAAGAGGAGAAGGAGGAGGAGGAAGCUUCAAGAGAGGAGCCUGCACCUCACUGCUGCCCCCUCGCGAAGAACUCCCUGCUCCAACCGCGAGGCAACAACUCAGGGCUGCUUCCUACAGCUGCACAAGUGCUGGCAACAAAAACCAGUACAGAAGUGCAGCCACUGCACACAUCCUCUCCUCACCCUUCCUCCCACCCUGACCUUGUUCUUAACUCCUUGCUUUCACUCUGGAGGUCACAAACCCCCACCUGGCAGAGCUGAGCCAGCCCAUGUGUGAUCAGGGCUGCACCGGACACACAUGGGCUAAUUCAGCUCUCAAUGUAGACAAAUAACCCCUCAGUGAAGGCAGAGUAUGUCAGCAUACAGAACCGUAGCAUAGCAACGCUAUCAGUAACACAAAAUACAAACAAGAGUAGCUUCCCGUUCCCAAGGUUUCCUCUCUAGCCAGAGUGCAGAGAGUGACAGAAAAUCAAGUUUGUAUGUCCUCUAUUUCUACAGCUCGCUGUGAGCUGUCAUUCCAGUUUAACCAAAUAAUUCCUCAAAGGCAAACUUGAGUCAUGAUGGACUCACCUGUGUUGGGACUCCAAGGAAAUGAAAAUGUUCCUCUUCCUUUUUAUUAUGUAGCCUUUUUAAAUGAUUUUUGUUUUUACAGUAACAAUCUUUACUUCUAUCUGUAACUCGGUGUAGCUGAUCACAUAUCUGUACAGUACGCAACAGUGAUGCAAAACUCAUGCAUGAUAAGCACAUACUUGCACAUCAGCAGAAUAUAUAUGCAUCUUUUGUCACAGCUGUGAAUGUAUAAAUGCUGGUCCAUUGUCUAAAAAAGGAUUAUUUACAAUAACUGUGGUUUGUUUGCAGAUGUUUGUUUCUAAAUAGAAAGGAAAUCAACCAUGAUAAACUGUGGUUAUUGUCAUAUAUGAAUAUAUUUUAACCCUUAGAAAUUUAAAUUCUUCUUUAUGAAGAAUUUAACCAACCCAGUCAUGUAAUUCUUAGCUAAAUUUAAAUACUGGAUAUUUACUGAUGUUAAACAUGUGUUGGUUUCCUCCAGAAAAGAAGGACAGAGGCAUUGUAACAGUCACAGACUUUCAGUUCUAGCACACCUGAUAUUUAUUACUAAAGCAAAACAAUGAUUCGGUCCUUGUUUUGGGGAAACCAUACUUCUAACUCCAGAUGACUUCAAUUGUGUUUUGGGAACAGAAAUUGCCAUUGGCUGUUUUUAAAAUUCAUAUUUCUCUUGCAGACUUAAAAACACAUUGAGUCACGUAACUGUAUGAUUUCCAAAGACAAUAGAUGUAUAUAUUAAUAGCAAAUGUUACUUCAGCAUGUGUGCUGAAUUAAAUUCUUGGUGAUUCUAGCACUAAAUUAAACAUCACUACAGUCAGAAACAUAUCCUCUCCAUAUCUCCACAUUUUACCACAUCAGUGGUGUCAUUAACAUUUCACACUCCACUGCUACUCAGUGGUGUAGUGAAGGAGUGGAUGGAUUAUAUCAAUGAAGCAUCAGAAUUAUUAACUCAUUAUAUUUUAUUACAGCUCGACAUGUGUGCAGCUGGCCGAUAAGUUUAUGGAAGGUGACCUCUAGUGGUAAAGAUGUGUUAUUUCUCAAGCCUCUCAAACUGAGAUAUAAAUUAUGCUUCCACAUUAAUUAAGAAUAUUUACAAAAACGAGUUAAUUGUCUUUGCUGUAAACACUAACAGCGUAAUGCAAAAAUAUAAUUUGUUUUUCUUCACGCUAUUGCACUUCAUUUCAUAUCUUAUACUCCCAAAAAGUACUGCAUCUCCACAUUAAUCACAUCUAUUCCCUCCACAAGUACAUCUGCUUUUCCAUAUACAACUAUAGUUUCAGCACAUAUGUAAAUAAUCUAAUGUAUGUGCAUGGCAAAUUGUAUUCUUGUUUCAUCUGGAGGGCUUUUUAGGACCAUCGUUACACAAGCCAUUCAGUCUUCAGAGUAAACAAACAUGAUCUACAUAACCAGUCACAUGUAUCCAGGCUUAAUUGUACAUACUGUACAUUCAAUAUGCAUAUAUUCUUAUUGAUAUUAUCAAAUUGCACAGAAAUAACAGAUGCUGACAGGAAGUAAAGGUUUUAGUCACACGGUACACAGUUCUAUAAUCAACGCCUCAGAAAGCAUGUGUUUUUAUGUAUUUUCCUCUCUUUUAAGAAUGAUGCACUGCAGUUAUUUUGGACCACAGUGAAGUCUGCUUCCACUGGCACCCAUAUUCAUUUCUGAAGGACAAGGUUUGAGGUACAUAAAGUCUACUUGUUGAAACACAAAGAGCAAACUGAUAUAUAAGAAAACAAAUCAGCUCCUCAUAUUUGUUUAAUUUCUAUUGCAGGAUAUUUCUAUCAAAGGUGAUUUAUUCUUUGGAUGUCCAAAGCACAAUUUUUUACAACUAUCAUUUCCUAUUGUGUUUCACCUGCCUAAAUUCUGUAUGCAAUACAAAGUCUAGCAUUGACGAGACACUAGCUGAGACUAUCAAGGUAUCUCCUCAGUUAUGAUGGGGUAUAAUUGCACUAUUAUUAUUUAUAUGUCUGCUUUACAAUGCAAUAAAUGCACUGAACGUUAUGCUGUACCCUCCACCAAUAGUGAACAAGUUUUCUGGUCUGAUGACGAUGUCAACAUUUCUCGUGGUUUCUGACUAGAUAAAUGAUAUCCAACAAUGUCUGAUGAUGAUGUGUACAGGGUGCGUCUUUUGUCUAGCACAUUUGAAAGAGGGGGUGAAUAAAACACAACAUU